AUGAUGAAGUUAUGUUGCUUGGCGAUAACAUUGGCGAGAGCACGGAGGGGACAAAGGUUGAGUAAAACUGUGGAACAAGGGGCCCAAUUACGGAAGAGGAAGAGGAUCAUUCAUAUGUGGAAGAUCAUUGAAGCUAGUGAUUUGGUUCAAAAAAAUCAGCCAGAGACAACCCGACUUCGGAUUUUGGUGAUGCAAUUUGGCAACGUGGAAGCUGAGAUUGAAUUCUUCGCUUCCUUCGUCAAAGCUGAUGGUUGGCUUAAAGGAGAUUACAUUGAUUUGGGGUUAUAUCUCGUCCUGAAGCGACAACAAGAGUUGGAAAAAGUAGAAAUAUCGGACUGGACAACGACCGAUGUAUUUUUUAUGAAUCACAUCCAUACUUGCUUUGCGGAUAAUAAAAGAAGAAAAGAGCAGGUUGGGUGGAAAAUUAGAAACAGUUUACUGAACGUUGUAAAUGGCAAGGUUCCGGCGUAUGGGAUGGAUUGGCAGAACGCGUAUAAGGUGUAUGCCCCUUGUAUGUUGACGAAGUACAAGCAUUGGGUGGCUGUAAUGAUUGAUAUGGUUAACUGUGAAAUCAAAGUGUACGAUUCAAUGGUUUCACUUAUUCCAGAUGAGAUGUUAAAUGAAGAACUCGCCCCGCUUUCAAUUACGAUUCCAAAUCUUCUCAACACCAUCGACUUUUAUGAAGAAGGUGUUUACGCAAACGAUUGCAGCCGAGAUUGGUGGUGUCUGUGGCCAAUAGAACGUGUGGAUGUUCCUCAACAGUCUAAUCAAGGCGAUUGUGGUAUGUUCGUGUUGAAGUACAUUGAGCUUUGGAGCGCUAAUAUUCCGUUAGCUACUUGCACCUCACAGAACAUGCCCUUUUUUCGGUUGAAGUUGGCUGCAGAGAUAUUACGGGGAGAUACUUACAUGGCAUGA